AUGGCUACCAGAUCAAUUUCACUCUCAAACUUCAACAAAUCAACCCUUCUCAUACAAAAUUCUUUUGAAAAGAUUCUCAAAUCUGUACAAGAGCUUGAAACACUUUCCCCCUCAAUCUUGUCAGUGAUACAAAUCAGAACUUUAAACAACUUCUCGAACCAGUUAGAAAAGAAACAUGAAGCCUAUGAAAAUUACCUGGAAAGAGCCUUGGAACAUAUAUCAGAAGAAUUAGAUUUGGAUGCAGUAAGUGACACUGAAGACAAACUGCGACUGCUAUUCGUCGAAGCCAAGUCUCGAAUUGAAGCCCUUCUCCAACAGCAGCCGCAAGAUGUUCCAGAAGAAAGUAAAGAUUCAACAAGAAUUAGUGACAUCUCAGCUUCAUCAUCUGCUCACGUAAGACUCCCAAAACUAGACCUCAUCACGUUUGAUGGUUCUCCUCUACAGUGGGUAAGUUUCAUCAACUUAUUUGACACUAGCAUCCAUCUGAAUGAAAGCAUUUCAAACGUCACUAAAUUUCAAUAUCUUCUCAGCGUGCUCAAAAAUGAACCACUAAAUCUCGUAAAAGCUUUCAGUAUCACUUCAGCCAAUUACUCAAUUGCCUAUCAGCUCCUCAGAGACAGAUACCACAACACCCGAAGGUUAACUACACUUCACCUCAACAAACUGAUCGACCUACCGGACAUUUCCUCUACCUCAAACAAAUGUCUCAGAACGUUCCUCAACUUGUUUUAUGAACACACAGAAGCACUUAAAGCUCUUGACUGUGACAUUACUUCUAACUCUAACCCUCUGUUGUCCACCAUACUCUUACGAAAACUAGACAAUGACCUUCUAAAACAACUAGAGGCUUUUAGAAUUAAUAUAAAAUGCGAAACACAUUCUCUACCAGAAGUAGUCGAAAUAGUCAAGUUUCUUAAUCAAGAGUGUAACCAAAUGGAAGACGCUGUGUUACAUACCAAGUUUGCUCAAAGUACGAACAACCACAAUUCAAAUUUUAAACCCAAAUCUUUCACAUCCAAGCCCUCUUUCAUUCAAGCUCAGAAAGUUACAAUGGUCUCUACUCCAACUCCAUCAAAUCAAGACAACUCAAAAAAUCCUUUCUCAUUUCCCUGCUUUGUCUGCUCAUCAACUGGCCACAAGGUUUAUGCUUGUCCUAGCUUUCUCUCUCUUUCUUCAAAUGAACGUUUUAAAACCGUAAAGGACAACAACAGAUGUGUCUCUUGCCUCGGAAAACAUGAUGUUAAAACAUGUAAGUCUAAAGCAUCUUGCUUCAAAUGCCACAAACGUCAUCACACCUUACUUCAUUUUGAACAUGACAAGACAUCUCAAGGUUCUACAUCAUCACAACCAUCAACCACUUAUGUUUCGAAUGAAAAACCUACCGUAUCUCUUUGCUCACAGGAAGCCAGUCCUGCUAAUCAAAUCCCUAAAACUGUAAUUUUAGGCACAACACUGGUUAAAGUUACUGCUCAAAAUAACGUUUCUCAUGUGUUCAGAGCAUUGAUUGAUAGUGGCAGCAUGUGUGAUUUUAUUAGUGAAAAAGCUGCUCAACUACUGAAUGCACCUCGUUUCAAAUCCAACUUACAAGUAGUUGGUCUUUCUCAAUCUCCAACUCUCACAAAGGGUAUUGUGAACCUCACUGUUAACACACUGGCAGGAAAAUUAGUUGCAUCCAACCAAGUGCACAUACUUGAUAAAAUAUCUGUCAAUCUCCCUAGAUCUCAAAUAUCACAAAGAGUUCUAUUGAAAGUAAAACCUUACCCCCUUGCUGAUCCCAGCUUCCACUUAUCAGGGCCCAUUGACAUGCUGAUCGGAGCUUCUCUCUUCCCUCUUCUUUUAACGAAUGAAAACUAUUCUCUCGGCCCUAACAUGCCUAACAUGAUGGGAACUCACUUUGGCUUUGUUGUUAUGGGGAAUGCACCUUGUUCAACCGAUUCCCAGCCUGCCAACACUCCAUCCAUCUCUCUGCUCUCAACGGUUGACAACGAAUUGCAUAACUCUCUACAGAAAUUUUGGAAAUUAGAGGAAUUAUCUGUACCCUCAAAGAUAUCGGUUGAAGAGCAACAGUGUGAAGAUCUGUUUAAAGCUACCCACUCUAGGGACGAAAAUGGCCGUUACUUAGUUCAGCUACCAUUUAAAGAAAAUCAUCCACCUUUAGGAUCUUCCAAACUCAUCGCAGAACGACGUUUUCACUCACUUGAACGACGUUUUACACUCUCUCCUGAUUUGUAUAAAUCUUACUCUGACAAUAUAAAUGAACACAUCUCUCAAGGUCAUAUGGUAAAACUACCUCAUCUAGAUAUCAACUCUCCUCACUAUUUCUUGCCACACCAUGCAGUUGUGAAACCAUCCAGUACCUCAACUAAACUCCGAAUCGUUUAUGAUGCAAGCUGCAAAACCAGCUCUGGAAUUUCCCUCAAUGAUUCUCUCAUGACCGGCCCUAAAUUACAGACCAACAUUUGUGAUAUAUUGCUACAUUUCAGAAUACACAAUAUCGUUUUCACUUGCGAUAUUCGCCAAAUGUAUCUUCAAAUCUUAAUCAAACCUUCCGAUCAACUGUUCCAACUCGUCUUGUGGCGUGACAAUCCCUCUGAAGAUAUAUCCACAUACAAACUCACUCGAGUGACUUUUGGAGUAAAUAGCUCACCCUACUUAGCGAUUCGUACCCUCCACCAGUUAGCUGAAGACGAAGGUAAAGACUUCCCUGAAGCAGCAAAUGUCUUGCGCACUCAGACUUACGUAGACGACAUUGUAACUGGAGCAGACACGGUAGAUGAAGCAAAGAACCUUCAAAAUCAACUCAUUCAACUACUCAACCGUGGACACUUUGAACUUCGAAAAUGGACUUCAAAUUCUCCCGAGCUUCUUCAGUCUCUUCCAGACACUCAUAAAGACUCUCCAGUCUUUCUUGAAAAUACACCUGAUCCCCAUUUCUCAAUUCUUGGCCUACACUGGUCUCCAGACUCGGACAAUUUUUCAUUUCAUCUCAACCUACCGCCAAAAACACUAACUAAACGUCACGUUCUCAGUCUAGUCGCUAAAAUAUACGAUCCUUGUGGAUUUCUUAGCCCAUGUACUAUGACAGCGAAAUGUUUUAUUCAACUUCUCUGGACGACCGGUCUACAAUGGGAUGAACCUCUCACUCCAGAACUUAGUGCAAUUUGGAGUAACUUUAUCUCAGCGAUACCAGCACUUGCAGACAUUCAGAUCCCUAGAGCAUUGAAAAUCUCUCCAAAUUCUAGUGUUGAACUUCACGGCUUCUCAGACGCCUCUGAACGUGGGUUUUCAGCUGUUGUCUAUGUACGAUGUUCCCAACCCAACGGAGAAGUGACUACACGUAUGGUUUUAUCUAAAACUAGAGUCGCCCCUCUCAAGAAGGUGACUCUUCCACGAUUAGAACUCUGCGCUGCCCACUUAUUAGCUCAACUCGUAAACUUCUGUUGUUCUUCAUUCAAACCCUUAAUUUCACUCAACCAAUGUUAUUUGUGGUGUGAUUCUUCAGUAACCUUGACAUGGCUUCAAACUCCAUCUUACAGGCUGAAAACAUUCGUGGCUAACAGAGUCGCCCAAACACAAGAACUUGUCCCCUAUCACUGUUGGCGUUACAUCCCUAGCAAGGAAAACCCUGCUGAUUGUGCUUCAAGAGGUAUUCUAGCCACUGAGCUUGUGUCUCACCCCCUUUGGUGGUCAGGGCCUUCUUGGCUUUCUCUUCCCCCUUCAAACUGGCCUGAUGAAACAAAAGUUAAGUCAACAGCUAAACACGCGCGUAUUCCAGUAAUAAUCGCUAGCGACUGUGUCUCCGUCUGCUCCAGGAGCAGUGGUCCGCGUCAGACGCUAGCGUCUCAGUUACAGACGCUGGCGGCUGUAGCGAUAGACGCUUCUGGCAAAAUAGACUAA